AUGAAAAGGUAUUGUUCCUCAGAAGAGCAGAAGGCCAUAUUAAGCCAUGGACCGAAAUCUAUAAAUAUUUACCAUAGCUUUCAUGUUUUCUCUUUAGCUCAAGAAGGAGAAGUUGCUUCACUGACCCAAAACAACCUCCAGACAUACAUUGUCUAUGUCCACAAGCCAGAGGGUCUGCAUUCUGUGCAAUCAGAAAGUUUGCACAGGUGGUAUCAGUCACUUUUGCCUGUCACCACUGCAAGCACCAAGCACCAGCAGCAACAGUUGCUUAAUUCAUACCGGCAUGCGGUUACUGGGUUUGCAGCAAGACUGACAGCAGAGGAAGUGAAAGCCAUGGAGAAGAAAGAAGAGGGGUUCUGGAAAAAAUCAAAUUUCGGCAAGGGUGUAACUAUUGGUGUUAUGGACACUGGCGUGUUACCAGAUCAUCCUUUGUUUCGGGAUGAAGGAAUGCCUCCUCCACCAGAUAGAUGGAAAGGCAGGUGUGACUUCAACCAGACAGCUAAUCGCACAUUCGUCUGCAACAACAAGAUCAUUGGUGCAAGAAGUUUCCAAGUCUAUGACAACCUUUUACAGACUUCUAGUGCUCAACCAGUUGAUGAGAUAGGCCAUGGCACUCAUACUGCUAGCACGGCUGCUGGGAAUUUUGUGAGAGGUGCCAAUCUAUAUAACAAUGCCAAUGGCAUGGCUUCUGGCGUAGCGCCUCAUGCUCACGUGGCAAUUUACCAGGUCUGCUCUCUUGAUGAAUGUUCGAGUACUGAUGUCCUUGCAGGAUUUGAUGCUGCAGUCGAGGAUGGUGUCGAUGUGAUUUCCAUCUCCAUGACCUCUCUAAAUGUCGGUCAACUGUUUGAAGACAGUAAUGCAUUGGCUGCUUUCAGUGCAAUGCAAAGAAGAAUUUUUGUGGUUUGUUCGGCUGGGAAUUCUGGCCCAUCCUCCAAUAGUGUAUAA